AUGGGAUGUUUUCGGUGUGCGGAUGUGCUAAGUUGUUUUAAACGGAAGGAUUGGAUAUUUAGUUUAGCGGUUGGGACGAAGCAAUCUCUCACUGAUCUUACUUUGUCAACGAAUAAUCUUACGGGAUCAAUCCCAGCUUCAAUAGGGAACUUGACAAACCUGACAACGUUGUACCUUUUCGAGAACUCUCUGUCUGGAUCUAUCCCUCAAGAACUAGGAUUGCUAAGAUCUCUCACUGACCUUGCAUUGUACAAGAAUAAUCUCAGUGGAUCAAUCCCCGCUUCAAUAGGGAACUUGACAAACCUGACAGUGUUAUACCUUUACGAGAACUUUCUCUCUGGAUCUAUCCCUCAAGAACUAGACAAUCUUAGAUAUCUACGGUUCCUUGAUAUAAGCUCCAACAAGCUCACCGGUCAUCUAUCACCGUAUAUGUGCGUUCAUGGAUCCCUCAUACGACUUGUCGUAGCAAAUAACAAUUUAACUGGUCGUAUCCCGAAUAGCUUGAGAAAUUGCAGUGAGUUACUUCGUGUUAGGUUUGAUCAAAACCAAUUGACGGGGCAUUUAUCAGAAGUUUUUGAGGCAUUCCCAAAACUUGAUUAUCUAGAUCUCAGUCACAAUAAUUUCUAUGGCGAUCUUUGGCACAAAUGGGAUCAGUUUCCCAAUCUGACUAGCCUAAAAAUCUCCAACAAUGACCUUUCCAGAAACAUUCCACCUGGCAUUGGAAGAGCAACUCAGUUACGGUUGCUCGACCUCUCUUCAAAUCAUCUAGUUGGUGCGGUACCAAAGAAUUUGGGAAAGUUGGUUUUUUUGUUCAAUCUUAAUCUUAGCAAUAACAAACUUUCACGCGAUAUUCCACCAGAAAUUGGAAGCCUGUCUAGUCUUCAGCAUCUAGACUUGUCUGGAAACAAUCUUAGUGGACCUAUUCAAAAGAAGUUGGGUGACUGUGUGAAUCUUUUGAACUUGAAAUUGAGCAGAAAUCUUCUCAGGGAGAGUAUUCCUUUUGAAUUAGGAAAAUUGCAGUCUCUUGAAAAUCUCGAUCUUGGAAAUAAUUUAUUAACAGGUGAGAUACCAUCAGGGAUUGGGAGCUUGAAAAGGUUAGAGAUCCUAAAUCUCUCCCACAACUUCUUGUCUGGUUCAAUCCCUUCCUCUUUCAACGGGAUGUCAAGUUUAACGUCGGUUGACAUAUCGUACAAUCACUUGGAGGGUCCUUUGCCCAACACAAAAGCAUUUGAAGAUGCUUCAUUUCAAGCAUAUCGAAACAAUGAUAGACUAUGUGGCAAUAAAACUAGUUUGAUGCCAUGCUCACUAAAGCAGAACAAUGGAGAUAAAGGGAGAAAUCAUAAAAAAAUUGUGCUUCUAGUUGUAGUUCCUUUUUUGGGUAUUUUAUUUCUUAUUGUUGCUAUGACUUUCUUGAUCCACCGCAACAAAAUGAGAGACAACGAAAUUGAGCCAAACAGAGCAAGUGGAUAUGGCACUGUUUAUAGAGCUGACCUGCCAAGUGGUCAAGUUGUCGCUGUAAAAAAGUACCCUCCUUCCCAAGAUGGCGAGUUGGCUAAUCUGGUAAGUUUUAUGAGUGAGAUUCAUGCAUUGACAAAGAUACGACAUCGGCAUAUCAUAAGGCUUUCGGGUUACUGUUCACAUCCACGACACUCAUUUUUGGUUUAUGAGUUCUUGGAAGGGGGGUCCUUGGACAAGAAACUAAGCUGUGAGGAAGAAGCACUAAGUUUGGAUUGGGAUAAGAGGAUAAAUGUUGUUAAAGGUUUGGCAGAUGCUUUGUCAUAUAUGCACCAUGGAUGUUCACCCCCGGUCAUUCAUCGUGAUAUAUCGAGCAAGAAUGUUCUGCUAAACUUAGAAGAUGUCGCUUACCUAUCUGAUUUCGGAACUGCAAGACUUCUAAACCUGCAGUCAUCAAAUUGGACUUCCUUUGCAGGCACCUUGGGAUAUGCUGCUACAGGUACUUGCACAAUUCAUCUUAGCUACCAAUAUAGUGUUGUGUGUUUUUAUGUUGAAUAUGCUAAUUCCUAA